GCAGUGCCCAAAUAUCAGUUCGAAGCUUCCACUCAAUUCAAGAUGAAAUAUUUCGCCGUGCUGCUGCUGCUGUGCGCUCUGAUGAGCUCUGCCUUGGCUACCCUGAAGAAUCCUGUCUGUGGUGAGGAGUUUGCUAAGAUCGGCACUUGUCGUGCCCUGCAGCCGAUGUGGUCGUAUCGUCUAGACACCAAUGAGUGCGUCAACUUCAACUAUAGUGGAUGCCACGGCAACAACAAUCUCUUCGAGUCGCAGAGCCUCUGCGAGAAGACCUGCAAAGUUUGAGUGAAAUAAUUUCCAAU